AUCAGUUUACGGUCACGGGAAGGGAUGGUUUACUAAUUCAGUGUUGCAAAUGGUAUUGUAUCAAUAGUCUAAAGAAAAUUGCAGGAAAGUGGAGUUGCAGGGAUUAUUCGUUCGCAGCAGAAUCUCCGUUUGCAAUCGUCUUGCUAAAUCAAAACCUGUAUUGGCCUAAUCUUUGCCCUUCAACUUGGUGUUUUAGAGCUCUUGAAAUCUUGAUAUAAAAACAGAGUUAAAGAAAGAUUAUCAAAAUGGCAGCUGGUCCAUAUAAUUACUCAUACAUUUUCAAGUACAUUAUAAUUGGUGAUAUGGGUGUUGGCAAAUCCUGCCUCCUACAUCAAUUUACAGAAAAAAAAUUCAUGGCAGAUUGCCCACAUACAAUUGGGGUUGAAUUUGGGACUAGAAUUGUUGAAGUUGCUGGACAAAAGAUAAAGUUGCAGAUUUGGGACACUGCUGGUCAAGAAAGAUUUAGGGCUGUCACUAGAAGCUAUUACAGAGGUGCUGCUGGGGCACUAAUGGUAUAUGAUAUAACAAGGAGAAGCACAUACAAUCAUUUGAGUAGCUGGUUAACCGAUGCUAGAAAUUUAACAAACCCCAAUACGGUGAUCAUAAUGAUAGGAAAUAAAUCUGAUUUGGACGCCCAGCGAGACGUCACAUACGAGGAAGCCAAACAGUUUGCAGAUGAAAAUGGCUUACUGUUUCUAGAAGCAAGUGCAAAAACUGGCGAAAAUGUCGAAGACGCAUUUUUGGAGACUGCGAAGAAAAUAUUCCAAAGUAUACAGGAUGGAAGCCUCGACUUGAAUGCAGCGGAAUCGGGGGUGCAGCAUAAACCAGCAGGAAGAGGCGGAGCUAGUGCCUUCCCACAGGAACAGCCUGCCAGUCAAGACAAAUGCAACUGUUGAGGUUUCGAUUUUACUGCUAAAUAGAUCCACUGUGAAUUUUUCAAUGAUUGCAUGAAAUAUUAAUUUUCGAUUCUUUUUCAAGAGCAAGAAAGGAACUAAACAAUGAUUCCGAUGGGCGAAUCUCUUAUUUGCAUUAACUAUUAUAGAUGUAAUACUUUUGUACAAAUUUAAUACCUUCGUAGUGAAUCGCAAACUUUUUCGUAGUUUUAGCAGUUAACUGGUUGGCUCUGUAUGAAUAAAUAGCCUCAAGAUGUCCACAGCAUUCAUUUCAUUUGUCGGUUAUGUCUUCUUUUAUAUAUAACAAUGCUACUGUGUUAACUCAAGGUUUUUCUCUAAACCAUUCUUUUUAAACAUUUCUUGUAAAACCUUAUUACGAAGCCUGUUAAAAAUUGCACUCUUUAUUUUCGAAAUGCUUUGCAAUUUAAAUAACACUUACGUGACGUUAUCUUAACGAAGGGUAUUGUAAGAAUUCAACUGUAGCUAACUUACAAAGAUGUUUCUCUGUAGA